GGAUAAUAAUCAGAGUGAUGGAAAACUAGUUUCCCUUCCACUGCAACAUUCUAAACCACCAUUGAGGAGGGAACUUUCCCAGGUACAAAGUCAGGAGAGCUGCGAGGGUCCAAAGACUUGUUGUGAUGUGCCUGGCGUUAUUGGGUUGCAGAUUGGGAAAAAAUUAAAUGAUUCUUCUACUUCGGAAAGCAAGGAUAUGAUAAAAACAAAAUCUGCUAUGAGGCAAAGAGAAACAAGUCCAGAAAAUCUAGAUACUCUGAGUUCAAGCAUGGAGGUCAACAAAAAAGCAGCACAAAGUAGUGGCAAUGCUGCUUCUUUGGUAUCUAUUCCAACUAUAAAGAAAACUGCGGAUGAACAGAAGCUUUCUUCAAUUGAUAAUAGUAAGAAGACCAUUAAUCAACAUGGACUGAAACUUUCAGGUUUAAACCUUGAUUCUACAAAGUUCCCAAUCCAGAGAGAUACCAAAUCAGUAGGAAAUAUUAGUCGCAACAGGGUUUUGGCCCAUUUUCCGAACUUGCGGAAUCAAUCAGCUGGUAUCCUAUCUAUGAAGCGAAAAACAAUGGGAGUAACGUCAUCUCUCUUUCCCAUAAUGUUCAGUUUUGCCAAUGAGCUUGAGAUCUUUAGCAACGGCAUAAUAAAUCAAUAAAGAUAUCCAACUAAAUUAUGCAUAAUAUAGACUUGUAUAUUUCCCAUGACAUUUUCCUGCAACAGGAGGAUACUGCAGGUAUUAUUGCCUUACAUCCAUCUAAACGUCUUUCCCAAUCACCAAAUUCAAUCAGAAAAUUUGUGGAAGCAUCAGCAAAGGUUCUUGACAAAAAGGUAUCCAACCACAAUAACAUGGAAGGUGCCGGCAUCAAAAGUUCAAUUAGCAAUUGCCAAAUCUCUACCUCUCAUAUUCCCCAUGACGUGAAGAUUAAAGGAUUUGAGAUGCCAUUCUCGAUUGAAAAUGGUAGCAACAUUAACAAGGCUGAAGCUUAUGGCAAGGAACUUGAUGAUCUUUGCAACAUGCUAAGGGAGAAACACGACGAGGCGAAAGAAAUAUUGGUUCGAGCUGUUGUGAACAGCAAUAAGCUGCUGUUACUCAACAAUCCCCUUUCUGAGGAGAAAAUAUCCUUCAAACCUUCUACCGUGUAGCUUUUAUGGAUUCAAUUUUCAUAAUACAUGACAAUACACAUUGUUUGAACCUUCACUGCCGAAGACAUUCAUGCAGCUCAGGAUGUUUUUGCCAGAUUAACGCUGAACAGCAAAUGAAAUCACAUCAGCCACGGCAAUUAUUUUCCAUAUGAAGGUGAACCUGCUAGCAGCCUUUGGAUCCAUGAUCUGAGGAAACUCGGUCUACUUUCCAGCUUCUUUCAAGCAUUUGAGCAUCUUCAACAUGGUACUACUCAUUAGAUUUGUUUUCUAAUUGGAGAGCAGCCAUCCUUUCUAUUCCACGCUUUGGAAUUUCAGAUUCUAUAACCAACCAAAUAAACGAAAAAAGGAAUUUCAGGAAGAGGCAAAGUGAUAAUCUAGCCAAUUAGACACGGGAAUAUUCAGCCGUAACGUGUAUAAGAUAUAACAAGUUCAUUUUGUAUAUAAUCCCGAUAUUGACCAAAAGACAACUGUGUUUUUUUAGUACAGACUCGGCGAAUGAAACUCGAACGUGAGGUUCAUCUCGGAACUAACCAUUGGGGGUGGCCCUUGGGACUUGAUGUUGAUUGGGACACAUGCUUA